GAUGCCCCACUGUGUUUUUUACUGCUCUGAAUUAUCUUUGGUCUAGCACUGGGUAGGCUGCAAGAAUCGCUGCACAAUGCACCUCUGCCAACAGAAAAGCAUAAAAAAGGCUGAAGAAAGUGCUGCGAAGUGGAUUAAAGUGCAAGAAAGCCUUCAAAGUCCCUGCUGAUGUGCUGGAACACAAAGAAGGCCCCCAUGAAUCAACUCUAACAGAAAGGUUCUUGAAUCCCUGCUAUGGUUGGAACAGAAGUUUGAGAUCUGCAUUCCAAACCCAUUCACUGCAGAAAAAAACCAUGUCAGAAAGAAGUUGCAUCAACCUGUCCUCUCCCUCUUUUUGUUGUAAGAAACCGUGCAAUUUGAAAAGGCCUGGAUUAGCAGCUGUUCUUGGCCACAGCUCUCUGCCUGAUCACCAUCGCAUUGGUGCCAAGAUGGGCAAUACUACAUUGCAACACAACUUCAUGGUGUUUUUCAAAAGGAGAAAGAUUAGUUCUAUGGAAUGGAAGUCUGCAUCACAAUCACACCAGAGACACCGACACCUCCUGGCCGGAGAGCCGAGUUGCUGCCGGCAGUCGGCGGCAUCGUCCAUGUGGUGGUGGCGGCGCAGCCGUCUGCUUGCAGCGAGGAUGAGUGGGGUCACCGGCGGUGACAAGAGGAAGGAGCCGGAGCCGGAGCCGGAGCGUUCCCCCGGGCUGCGAGAGGACGGCCAGCCCCCGACUAAAAAGCUGCGGAGCAAGAAGGGGCGGGCGGGGGAGCGCUACGUGCCGCCGCCCAGGAAGAAGAACCAGAACACCAGCUUCGGUCAUGACCACUUCAACGGUGAGUGGGCCGGGCCGGGGCAGCUCAGUAACUCGUCUCAUUGUUUCCACACUCACCGCAAAACUGCAGAGACGGAGUAUUACUUUGAACGUGGCCUGCGGAAGGUGUUUUCCUACUACUUUGACUUCCAGACCUAUUGCAAGGGCCGCUGGGUGGGCAAGACCAUGCGCGAAGUCUUCAGUGACGAGUUCCGGGCGGAACCUCUCGACUAUUACACACGGGCGGCAAGUGCCGGCCGCAUACGUCUGAACGAGGAACCUGCUGACCUGGACACCGUCCUUAAGAAUAACGACUUCAUGAGGAAUACGGUGCACAGGCACGAACCGCCGGUCACCGCUCAGCCGCUCAGGAUCCUGAGCCAGAACCAGGAAGUGGUGGUGGUGGACAAACCUGCCUCCAUUCCCGUGCAUCCCUGCGGCCGAUACCGACACAACACAAUCAUCUUCAUCCUGGGCAAGGAGCACAAUCUGACCGAGCUGCACACCAUUCACCGGCUGGACCGCCUGACGUCUGGGGUCCUCAUGUUCGCCAAGACCCUGGACGUGUCCAAGAAGAUUGACCAGCAGAUCCGAGAGAGACAGGUACAGAAGGAGUACGUGUGCCGGGUGGAGGGGGAGUUCCCCGCCGGUGAGGUGACCUGCGUGCAGCCCGUCCUGGUGGUCUCCUACAAGGUGGGGGUGUGUCGGGUGCACCCCAACGGCAAGCCCUGCCGCACGGACUUCCAGAGGCUGAGCUUCAACGGCAGGUCGAGCGUGGUGCGCUGCCAGCCCCUCACCGGCCGCACCCAUCAGAUCCGCGUGCACCUCCAGUUCCUGGGCCACCCCAUCCUCAACGACCCCGUAUACAACAGCGGGGCCUGGGGCCCACGGCGGGGGGCCGACGGCCACAUUGGCAAGACGGACGAGGAGCUGCUGCAGGAACUGCUGGAGCUGCACCGGCUGAGGGAGUGCCCCGACCUGCUGCCGGAACAGCCCCCAGACCCCGACCAGGGAGCGGUAGAUCCCUCUCACCCGCCGGAGGGCGGAGCGGGGCACGGAGGGACGGAGGGACCCUCCAAGGGCCAGCGGGACGAGCUGUGCGGGGAGUGCCGCAUAGUCAGGAAAGAUCCCACCCCUGAGGACUUGGUGAUGUACCUGCACUCCCUCCGCUACAAGGGGCCCGACUGGGAGUACUCCUCUCCCCUCCCCCCCUGGGCCGCUGCCGACUGGCACCAGGACUGAACCGGUCAUUGGAAACCCCACCUCUGAAACACUUGCACAGUCAAAUGCACUGGCGCGCAUCUUCAAACACCGAGGCAGCCCGACUGCUUUGUACAGACUGCAGCGUUGCUGUAGCAGCAACCAGAGUGCUGGUUGUGUCCGCAGGGCUCCCGUGCUCUCUGCAAGCUGACUGCUUUACUGCUCCGGCUGUUUGAUAUCCCAUGCACCAUCGGGUAGGCUUGGAGUUAAGCCUCCUUGCAGUUGAACGGCUGUGCAGAAUGGAAACAGGCCCUUCGGCCCACCAAGUCCAUGCUGACCAUUAAUCACUCUAAUCCUACGUUAAUCCCUGUUACAUUCAUCACUCUCUCUGACCCUCCCCCACUCUAAUUGUUGGACCGGUUUCACUGUCCUCCUGGUGAGUUCCAUUGUCUGUAGCAAUAAUUGUUAAUAAAGUUAAUAAUGCCUUA